AUGGGUCUGUGCACCAGUAAGACCAGCGUGAGCCUGAACCCCGCGGCUCACAUACUGCACGCCGAGAGGGAGGACCACGACAGCCCUGAGGGGACCCCCAUCCUGGAGGAGGGGGUCCUGCUGGUCCAGCCCGCCAAGAACAAGACGGAGGGCGGGACCAAGGGAGGCAGAGGAGGAGGAACUCAGCCAGCUAAAGGCUACAUGGAGCUGGGGGGGAAGGAGGGGGAGGCGCAGAUGUCCAGGGAGGGGGGGGAGGAGGAGGAGGAGGAGGAGGAGCAGGACGCUGUGGAGGAGAUGGUGAACUUCUCCCACAGCGAGGUCAGUCUGCAGAGCGAGUUUCUGGAGCUGAGCUAG